UAUUUCACUCGGCAUAAGACAAUGUUACAUAGCUUAAGAACGCACGAGGCGAUAAGGCCUUUUUUAAAAAUCUUCAAGACCAAAAUCUUCUUAUUGUUACUUGAUGAUGCUCACUUAAAAACGCACUAGUAGUCUGGUAUCGGUUAGAGGUGCUCUCGCUCUCCAGGAGAGAGUAAAUUUCAAGACGGACUAUCACGUGUCGACGUUUUAACAUCGAAAGGGAUUGAGAUUUUACCGGAAGCCUUCGAAUGAGCCUAACCAGUCAGGAUGGGAUGGAGACGUGCAGAUCUAUAGUCUCGAUGAACGCUACCCAGAUGCCAAGGGUCCUUGGCCCUUCCAUCCUGUGCUUGUGUUUCCAUGUGGUCACUUGUCCAGGACUAGAGGUACUUCUUGGACGUUGUUGUAGAAAGCGGCGCAGGGAUGUUGAAUAAAAAGUUACAUGAAAAUGGAUCAAAGGAUGUUGUCGACGGGAAGGACGAGGCGCAGUUGAUGCUACUCAAGACGGAAGAUGUUUCUUCAGAGGAUUUGGCACCUAAUGGAGGCUGGGGUUGGAUGAUCGCUCUGGCUAUGAUCGUUAUAUUUAUAACCACUAUCGGACCAGCAAUCUGUUUCACGAUAAUCUUUGGCGACUUCCUGAAUUCCACAGGUCAAGCCGGAUCCGCAACGACCCUUCUUAAUUCUGUAUUUAUGGUUAGCUUUUCCUUUUCCGGCUUAUUAACGAACACGCUGCUCAAGAAAUAUAGCAUAAGGCCCGUGGGUCUUAUUGGCUCGAUUAUUUUUGUCAUUCCAAACAUAGUAAUAGCCGGCGCCGACCACAUCUAUCAGAUGUGCAUAAUCUUUUUUUUACAAGGCAUUGGUUUGGGCGUUAUGAUCACCGUUUGCAAUAUAAACUUUAAUGCAUACUUUGUCAAGAAAAGAGCCACGGUUAUGACCGUAACGCAAGUUAUCAUUGGUAUAGGUAGUAUAGCUUACCCAAUAUUUAUUGAGAAAAGUAUGAGGGUCUACGGAUUCCGAGGUACGUCAGCACUGAUUGGAGCUCUGAGCUUGAACUGCAUCGCAGCAAUGCUAGUUAUGCACCCAGUAGAAUGGCAUAUGAAGAACCCAGAAGAAAUCCGUAAGGAGAAUGCACUGUUGGAAAAGAAAAGCCACAUUAAUCCGAACGAAAGCAGGUUACCUGGGCAAGAGAAAAUGCGGAAAGACGGUCGAAGAAGUUCUGGAGACUAUGUGAAGACGAAUGCAGCUAGAUGGGCCAGUCUGCGCAGCUUGAAGGAAGGGGCCAAUGAAAUACCCCUAUUGGUCGAGACCUUAAAGCUGGCGUCGCAGAGCCGGGUUGCUUCAUCCGCAGAAAUCGACGGCGUCGGUCCCACUGUUACGGUCCGUUCGAAAUCUGGCUCACAUCAUGAUCUUGUUACCAAGCGUCUGUCUAUGUUGUCUGCUGCUAGUAUGACGAGCCUUACUAGUACUGCUGCACUUGGUGAUAUACAAAAUCAGUACCAGCGACAGAAGGAAAGGUCAAAAAUAAGGAGUGACACAGGAAUUAAGAAAGCCGACGAGACCCGGACCAAGGGAUUCGUAUCAACAAUGGCUAACUUCUUCGAAGUAUCUUUAUUCAAAGACUGGAAGUUCAUAAACACGUGCACCGGCAUCAGUUUUGUUUUCGCAAGCGAAUACGCUUUCUCCUCAUUUUUACCACUGAUAAUGAAUGACGCUGGAUACAGCAAAAGCGAAGCGGCCUAUGCCGUUACAAUCGGUGCUGUUGCUGAGCUUGUUUCUAGAAUUUUCUUAGCCUUCUUUACGAUGCUAGUCGACGUUCGAGCAAAAUAUAUUUUCUUCGUUGCAAUGAUCGUCGUGGUCUUUGCUAAAUUGAGCUUUCUUUGCUAUCAGGACACGCUCAUGGGUAUUUUUAUUACGUCAGCCGCUAUCAGCUUCAUACGUUCCUGGUUUUUUACAACUCAGCCUCUGGUUGUUAUCGAGAAUUUUAGUUCUGAUAAAUUCGCAGCAGCUUAUGGCGUCUUUACGAUCAUCAGCGGUGCAGUGAACAUCAUUUCCGGUCCGUUUGUCGGCCUCAUUAAGGACUUGACAAACGAUUUUGAUAUUUGUCAAUAUGUUUUGUUGUUCAUGAAUAUUGUCUUUAUCAUACCCUGGGCACUGGAGUUCCUCAUUGUGGAUAUGCGGAAGGAUAAAAAAACGAAAAUCAAUUCGGAUGCACCAUGAGUAAUUUUUAGUCACAAUUUUUUAUGUGUUUAAACUUCUUUUUCAAUAUUAAACUUUUACCCGAGCAACAUGGAAGGAGUUUGGUAAUGACUUGCCGAGGGAUCAAAGGGUGAAGUAGAAAGACUAAAAUAUAUUUUUUAUUCCCUCUAGCUGCAUUGUUUUUAAUUUUAUUUAUUAUUGCGCGACUUGUGUGACGACAACGUGUUUCAACGAAUGAACAAAUAAACGAACGAUCAUAUGAUAGAUUACCCUAAAAUAUGUGAUAAGAGCUGUGGCGUAUAAUAAAUCAAUACACAGAAA